AUGAUGUCUAAACCUCUACUCAUCAAGCCUUUUGGCUUGUCGCAGAUAUAUGUCCCGCGCGAUGAACCCAAGGUUGAUAUCGUCUUCGUUCAUGGCUUGAACGGCCACCCUCACGACUCUUGGACGAGCAAGAAUACUGGUACUUUCUGGCCUGUUGACCUUCUGCCUGAUGUUCUUGCUGCGCAAAGUCCUCGUAUCCUCACCUAUGGCUAUAACGCAAAUGUCACGGCCUUUACGGAUGGUGUAUCCCGAGACUCGGUCGUUAGCCAUGCUGAAACACUCGCCUCGAGUCUCGCUGCCAAUCGAAGUUUGAAAGGAUGCGCCAAUCGCCCAAUAAUAUUCGUCUGCCAUUCUCUUGGAGGUCUCGUUGUGAAGCGUGCCCUUAUAUACUCCCGCAGUCUUUCAAGUGAGAAAACGGAGCACCUUCGCUCCGUAUACGUCUCGACCUUCGGCAUUCUCUUCCUCGGUACCCCGCAUAAUGGGUCUGAUAUUGCAAAAUGGGGUCUCUUGCUACAUAAUAUCUGCAACGCCGUCCUUCCAAAGAAAUUCAUGGAGGCAUCUCCACAGCUCGUCAAGGCUCUUCGGACAAAUAACGAAACCCUGCAGCAUAUCAACAGUCUAUUCGUAGACAUCAUGGGCCGAUUCCACAUCUAUUUCUUCCACGAAACACGAUCUACAGAUGUACGCGGCACUCGAGAAGUGAUCGUGGAUGAAUCAUCGGCGGCUCCCUAUAUGGAGGGUGUUGAACGAAUGGGUAUCGAGGCAGAUCAUAGCCACAUGUGCAAAUUUGAUGACGAGAAUGCCGCUGGUUAUGAAGUGGUCGCUGAGGCUAUUCUCCGAUACUCACGCCAGGCUCCUACAAUCAUCAGGGAUCGCUGGGUGGAGGAAGUGAGCGUUCGUACUCAAGAGAAGAAAGCUAAGGCCAGGGAGAUCUAUGACGGAAGAGUAGACGAUCCAGCAAAUCGAAGCAUGCCAGAUCUAAACAGGCCUGGCCAAUCCGUACCAACUCUUCCGCGUGCCCCUGCAACAGAAGGCCGCAAUUCCCCCGUUUCUGAUCUGGGAAACAGCGGACUCCUCGAAUUCUCCCAUUAUUCCCACUCAAACCCACCACUGUUCGUUGCACCCCCCGGCUUCCACCCCAAUGCAACAUUCUUUGGCAUGCAAAAAGAGCUUGAAGUUUUGCACAAUCGGCUGUUCAAGGCCAAGGCGCGUGUAGAAAGGACUAUGGCCGUUUUGAUCUCUGGCGUCCCAGGCUCAGGAAAGACGCAUUUAGUACGGCAAUAUGUGUUUGAACAACGCGACUGCUACCCAGGUGGAAUCUUCUGGAUUGAUGCCAAGUCCCGCGAAUCAGCACACAAAUGUUUCUGGGAGAUUGCCCAAGCCGCCACGCUAGUUGACCACAAGGAAACCGUGGACCCUGAGUACCAGGAGGCCCAGAGGUAUGUAAGCGCCGUGCGGAACUGGCUUCAGACACGGCAGGAUUGGCUUCUGGUAUUUGACGGGGUGACCUUUGACCGCGACGAUGAUAUCAAUGAGUUCCGGUCUUUCUUGCCGUGGAAUCGCCAGUGCAGUAUAAUUUACACCUCGGUCGAUACAACCUUGCGAAAAAAGCAGCGACUGUAUGAGCCCUACUGCCUGAUGAUUUCUCGGAUGCAUGUCGAGGAUGCUUGCAGGCUUUUGUUCAAGGACGUUGGAAUCACUCGACCUACAGCCGAGCAGGUCUUCAAGGCCACCCGGAUAGUAGAGCACUAUGAGUGUCUACCUUUGGCAAUCCAUGCUAUUGGCCAUCGUCUCAAUGCCACAGGAAAGCCCAUCGAAAAAUAUCAUGUCAAAUCCCACGUGACUGACAAGAAGCUCGCGGAACCAUUCUUGAGCAUUAUGAAUGAUUUGUUUCGUCUGCAACAAAGACAAGCAUUGCAUCUGAUCAAUCUUCUAUCGUUCCUUGGUCACCAGGUUCCAGUGGGACUUUUGAACCUUGGGAAGGCUGCCAUGACUGCCGAGAAUUUGGAAAUUCAGACCAGUGCCCAAACCGGAGAGGAUCCUGAUCUUGAUAAUACGCUAGGAACCCUCAUACACUAUGGACUGAUCGAGAGGACUUCAGUUACCGGCGUCGUCCGACAAACUUCAUCUUUGCACCAAUUUGAUCACCAAUCUGACGGGGAAACACCCGGGGAUUCCAGAUCUGUUCCUGAAUUCUCGGAACUACAUAAUGAGAGCAGCCAAGAAGGGUUCUUUUCCAUUUACCGCCACAAUUCGGCGGUUGACGUGGUCAAAAUUCACACUGUGGUCCAAGGGUUCUGUCGAGAUGAGCUUCGAAUCAAGGACGAAGAGUAUAAAGGUACCAUGAACAAACAUGACCCUGGAUUCUACGAUACCUGGUUGAUUGUUGCCACUCGAUUUCUGAUCAAAUCCUAUGACUCCGCCAGGGAGAGGAUGAUCCAUUACCAGGACUGUGGCCUUGUCCGGGACUAUCGAGAAUACGAAACCCAUGCUUCGCGAUUGGCCGAGCUCUUUCCAAAGAGGCCGCUGAUGGGAUCACAUCCACCCAUUCUGCGUGAAGCACGAGAGAGCCUGCGUCGCUUGCUGAAGAACAUAAGCAAAGAGAUCGAGAAUCUCUCUCCAAGUUCCUCGCAUCACUUGUCUCGCAACCAAAAGUCUGUUUUUGAUCGCUCAAGCAGCUCGUCCUCAUCCUUCCCCGAAUCUUCGACAGACGAGGGUAUAUCGCGUCAGAAUACAUUCAACUGGGAUGAUCUCAACUCGCCUCGAGCGGAGUCACCUGAGCAGAUCGCAGUGCCUCUUCCUCGCUUCAGGUUGGAGUUGUUUCCUCCCCAUAUUUUUCGAGGACCUGGAUAUGAAUCGGAAGAAGGCUAUGAAACCGACGGAGAAGCCAAAGCAGUUGUUAGGGUUUCUCCAGCCUUGUCACAAAUCAGUAAUACCACAGAAAAAGCGAACCAGCCUCUUUUAUCAAGCCCUCCGAUUUUAUCGAACGAGCAGGAGUGGCAGGUGGUCAACCGUCAUCAAAAAUCAAAGCCAAAGCCACCCAAGGGGAGAAACCAAAGGAGACCCAAGAAAGGCCCACAGAAUUUUAGAGGCGCCAAAGCCGACACUCCACUAGCAAAAUUAUCCUCUGUUCAAGGACGAGGAUCCUCAAGUCGAACAACCUCAGCUGAAACGGCCAACUCCUCGAAACUAGGCUCGGAGGCCGAAAGAGCGCUCGCUGCAGUGCGUCGGUAUAGCAACUCUCAAGCGUCCUCUGAAAGCUCGCAGCAAACAGCUACCUCUGCGCCAAUAAAUUCGCCAGCGGGUAAGGAAAAUCUGUCGACAUGUGCAAAUGUGGCCACCCGGCGAAUCCUAGAGGUGGAGUCAACUGUGAAACGUCCGUCAUCAGUGCCUGUAUCUCGCGCUCUAGAUCCUGCUAGUGGUGUACAGAUGAAACCAUCCACGGAGUCUUUUGACAGUCAAAUGGGCUAUGCCUUUGCGUCUCCAUUGUCCCAUGAGUUGACCUCUCACGAACUGUUGGUGGAGCCUAUGGGUCGGUCAACAUUCAGUGAACCCGGUGAUGAUAUCUUCGGUCACCAGAUGAACGAUGUUGAUUACCGCACUGCACCUGGAUCACGAUCUCAUUCUCGACGUGCCUCCGUGGCACAAUUCGAAAUCCCCCAAAACCUAUCUGCAAGUGUCCCAUCUCUCCUCCCAUACCCGGCAUCGUUGCCCUACGACGAGGACAUUACCAUUAGCAUCCCAAAUCUCCGAAGACCAUCAAGAACAUCAGGCACAAGCACCCCAUCUGGAUAUCCCAGACCUGCCCCCAUCGCCCAUCCAUCCGCAAUAAUGCCCGGCACAUUCCCACACUCCUCGAGUUCAAACCUACCCGUAGGUUCUGCACCAGAGCGACCCACAAUAGAAGCCCUAUCGCGAGGCUCAUCCACAUUCUCACAUCAAUCGUGGGCAACAGAACCAGUCCGAUUUCCACCGCGCUUCUCACCAAUCUCAAGUUUCCAAAACCAACCAGGAUUAGCAUCCGCCGUACCCCAACACAUCCAACAACAACAAUUACUCCCCGGAAUCGGAAGCUGGACAGCAGAUGUGCCCCUAGCGGCCAGCGCCCUCCAGUCCGAUCCGACCUUCACUGGCCAGCCACCAUCACACAGGCGACUAGGGUCGAUGGAUGAGCGACUGAAGCUCAUGGAUCCGGGCUGGAACCCGGAUCUUGAGCCGUCACAGUAUCUGCAUUUCGGCGAACAUCGCGUUGAUGUUCGAGAAGCACGUCAUCGGUUGAGUGAGUCUGCGAGGCUUCCGGGGCCACGUCAUGGGCCGCAGUAUCAACUGUAUCAUCCUAAUUUGUCUGGCCCUUUGGUUCAGCAUGAUGGUCAGGUCUAUGCACCCGCUCCACCAUUGGAGGUGUAUGGCAGGCGGGCACGGAGUGGCAGCUCACCUCCACGCCCAAACUAUGAUGGUCUAGGUGUGCGAUUCUCAUGA